AUGCCUAAAGAAAGGUGGCCGAAGCAUGACAUUCUUCCCAGCAAUAAUGAUUAUUUGAUUGAAAAGAGGUCCAAAUUAAAUUCUAUUCAGCUUUCCUGCAAUGUUAAAUUACUUACAGAACCAUUGCUGGAUUUAGGAAAAUUUAGUAAACUUAAUCGUGUAUACAACAUCACCGCUUGGAUUUUCAGAUUCCUUAAUAACAUUAAUAAGAAAAAGACUAAGCUGUCAGGUGAGCUUACUACUGCAGAAAUUACAAAAUCGGAAAAAUAUUGGUUAAAGUUAACUCAACAAACUGUGUUCACUCUUGAGAUUGAAGAACUGAAACGGGAAGAACCUAUCGAUAAAAAUUCUCCUUUAUACAAUUUAAACCCUAAAUUGGAUGAAGAUGGUUUAUUAUAUUUAUCGGGAAGACUUCGCUUAUCUGAUCUGCCUUUAAGGGAAAAAAAUCCUUGGAUACUCCCGGGCGGGGAACAAUUCACCAAACUGCUAAUUCUUCAGGCCUAUGAAAAAGUUUAUCAUUAUGGAGUAGCCACAACCUUGGCGCAUCUUCGAGAAACAUAUUACAUCAUCAAAGGAAGGAAAUAUGUUAAAUCUGUGCUGAAAUCUUGCAUUAUUUGCAAAAGAUUUAAAGUUAGACCUGGCAAAGAAGAAAUUGCUCCUUUACCGAAGGAUAGGAUAAUUGAAUCACCCCCAUUUGAGACCUGUGCUGUUGAUUUCGCCGGCCCUAUUUUUAUCAAAACUAACUCGGGCCCGGAAAAAGCUUACAUUGUGCUCUUCACCUGUGGAGUUACUAGAGCUGUUCAUCUGGAAGUAGCAUCUGACCUCAGCACUGAAACCUUCAUCUUAGCUUUCAAAAGAUUUGUUUCACGUAGAGGACUCUGCAAAAUUGUAUACAGUGAUAAUGCCAAGACCUUUAUCAAAAGUGAUAGUUUACUGAAGGAGAUUUGGAGUAAGAUUUCCAAAGCUGAGGUUCAACAGUAUUUUACUAAAAACCGAAUUGUGUGGAAAUUUAUUGUACCUAGAGCCAGCUGGUGGGGUGGUUUUUGGGAGCGCAUGGUGCGUUCUGUCAAAACGCCCUUGAAGAAAGUUUUAGGACGAUCUUGCUUAAGCUAUGAAGAGAUUCAAACCACUCUCACUGAGAUCGAAGCUGUUAUAAAUGGAAGACCUUUAACUUACGUGUAUGAUGAAAUUAACGAGCCAUUUCCCCAAACUCCUUCUCAUUUUCUGAUAGGCAAGCGCCCAAAUUUCUUUCCUGAUAUUCCUUCUGUGGCAGAACCAAAAUCCAACAAAAAGACCCUCACGAAAUUAUUGAGAUACAGAGAUCAAAUUUUAAACCAUUUUUGGAAGCGUUGGAGAACGGAGUACUUACUGGAACUUCGAUCUGCAAAUCGCAUCGUUCCAAUAGAUACUCCUACAAAAUUCAAAAUUGGAGACGUAGUUAUAGUUCAUGAAGACAAGGUUCCAAAACACAUGUGGAAAAUACGAGUAGUUAAAGACCUUUUUUUCGGCAGAGACUCGAAAGUUAGAUCUUGUGCUGUUCGAACGCCUUCAGGCGUUGUGAGGAGACCUAUACAAUUACUGUAUAAUUUAGAACUUGACAUUGAGUCAGUGACUCAGUAA